AUGAGCAAUACAUUGUAAUCAUAUGAAAAUGCCUGUCAUCAAUAUGAGAAGGAUCAAUUAUAGUUUAAAAGAAGAAAGGACAUGAACCUUAAAGAUGAGUAUUCCAUAAAAGAAAAGUAAAAAGGACUUCUUGAUUUUGAUGAGACAAGUUAAAAAGAAAAUUAAACGUAUAAAGCAUUCAGUUUUAGAUAGAUAAAUGUCAUUGAUGAAAAAAAACUAUACAAAGUAUAUUGUAAAGAUGCAGAAUUUGAAUCUAAUUAAUAGUUAUGAUCAUAAUGUAAGAGUUUUAGAUCUUUCAAAUUCUAAAAUGACUUCUUUGAAUGAAGGAAUCAAAUAAUAUGCUCGUUUAUCUAUUAUCAAUUUAGCCAAUAAUCUCUUCUAAGAAGUACCAAGUUGUUUAUUUGAACUAUAUCUGUCUCAUAUCAAUCUCAACAAUAAUCUAUUAAAGACUCUAUAAUUGGGAGAUAAAUGGAAAACAUCAUUAGAGAGAUUAGAUGUAGGCAAAAAUCAUAUUCGUAUAUUACCAGAUGAGUUAUUCCACUUAGAACAAAUAAAAAUUAUUGAUUUAAGAAGUAAUGAUUUCACAAAAAUACCAAAAACAAUAUUGAAUUUAGAAAAGUAAUUGAAAGGACUUGGUUUAGAUUGGAUCAAAUAUACUAAUUAAAAUUAUUUUUCAUCCAGUAAAAUACAUAUUUAAAUUAAAAUUAGAAAAAGACAUGAUGAUAACAGAUGAUCUUUAAAGAUUUUGGGAUCAAAUAAAUUAAAUUCUUAAAGAUAAUGAAUCAAUUCUAUGUCAUGAUUAUUUGAUAUUCAAUCAAAAAUAUCAUGAUGAUUAAAUUCAAGAUUCAAUUACUGUACAAAUCCCAAAAUAGUCUAAUAUUACUAGAGCUACUCAAAGAAAUACUGAAUUAACCCUUUAAGAAUUGACUAGUAGUUGUCAAUUUAUAUAGACAAAAACACUUGGUUAAGAUGCUGAUUUAUCUGAUAAUGGAUCAAAUUUAAUGCAUAUAGCAGUUGAAAAUGAAGAUAUAGGUAUAGUGAGAGCUCUUCUUAAUAUCAGAUUUGAAUUAUCUUCAUAAUUAGAUGAUACUUCACAUACUCCAUUAUCAUAAGCAAUCAAAGAAGAAAAAUAUCAUUGUGCCAAAAUUAUUAUAAAUGCAUCAGCUAAUCUAAAUAUAGGAGGGUAAUUCAUCUAAUUUAUUUUCAAAGUGGAGAAUAUAAUAGUGUUCUUAAUUAAGCUGUAAGUAAAACCCAAUAUUAUCUAAUCAGAGAUAUAUUAAAUGCUAAAGUCUAAAUUAAUAAGUAAGAUAAAAAAGGUAAUGGUCCAUUGCAUAAUUUGAUUCCAUCCUUUAAAAAAAAUCUACAAGAAGCCACAAGAAUUGGACAUUUAUUAAUAGAAAGAGGUGCCGAUCCUAAUUUAAGAAAUAUCAAUAAUAAUACACCUCUUCAUUUAGCUAUCAAGAAAUCAUCAUAUUCUGCAUUGAGAUUCGCUAUUUCCAUAAAUGAAUAAUACUCACGUGAUGUAUUUUCUUUCAAAUUACUGGGUCACAAAGGCAAUUCGGGUAUUAAUUAAAAAUUAAUUAGUUAUGCAUUUUGCUGCCAAAAGUGAAAAUAUUAAAAUAAUUUUGUAACUUUAUGCUAUUAAUCCUUAUUUAUUAUUCACUUAUAAUGAGGAUCAAAAACGGCCUUUUGAUAUCAUACAAAAGAACUUCACUUUGAGUAAACUCAUUUCUGUUUUAGAACUUGUCUUCAUAAAAAACCAUAUUAUCAAACAACAUUAAAAAACAAAUAGUUAAUCUACUGGAUAGCUUAUUAAAGAGGAACAAACAACAUAAAUAAAAUAAAAAGAAUAAGAUAUUUAAUUUUCAAAGAAAAAUAGUUUUGAUUUAGUUGAAUCAGAUGAGGAAGGUACAAAUAGAAUUGGACUUAAUAAUUUUUAAAUAUUACCUAAUUUAAAAAGACAAUAAUCUUAACCACCUAGAAGACCAACAAUUAAGAAAGAGAAUAAGGUGUCUUGUGAGAAUGUUGGACAAAUAUUAAUACAUAAAUCUAUUUAAUAGGAUAGAAAUGAUAUUAAAUAAAUAGAAUUGUAAAAUCAAUAAAAUAACAGCAAAUUUAAUAAAAAUAAAUUUAUUAAUAAAUGGAUUCAUAAAUUAUUAAAAGAUAUAGAAAAUAUUUAAAAUUUAAUGUAGACUUAAAAAGAUUAUUACUCUUAAAUUGCUUUAGAGAAUUUAUUAAAUGCUUUAAUUUAAUAAUUGAGUUAUUACAAAGAGGAUCCACUUACAAAUUUAAUGAUUAAAAAUGCUAUUCAAUUAUAGAAAAUAGAAUUUGAAUGUAGAAAAACAAAAAACCUUUCUUAUGAUACUUCUCCGUUAUUCUUAGAAUAUGAAUAAUUUAUGAAGCUAUGA